GUUCUGAUGACCACGCGACAGGAAAGCGAAAGUAGCCGGUGAAGACUGAAGGAGCGGUGAAGCGCUGAAGUUUUGUGGAAGCUGUCGCUUUAGAUAACUUUUUUCCGAGAAUGGGUGACCCUGUGGCCGAGUACACAGCUCGACUUCAACAACAGGAAAGGGAGAUUAAGUCUCUCUCAGCGGAGAUAGAGAGACUGAAGAACCCGCAGAACCUGGACUUCUCCUCCACAGGUCUGGAUGAGCUCAGAGAAGAGAACGCCAGACUGAAGUACCGCCUCAACAUUCUGAAGAAGAGCCUGCAAGAGGAGCGCAGCUACAGCAGCAAGAGCAUGACCAACAUCAACCAACGACUCCAGGAGAUCUUUGGGGACGCCAUCAGUGUGGCAUACCCUGACCUGGAGAACCCGCCACUUGCUGUCACUCCCAACCAGCAGGCCAAGUUUGGGGAUUACCAGUGCAACAGUGCUAUGGCAAUGGCUCAGAUGAUGAAGGCUAAGGGUCUGAAGGUUAACCCUAGGGAGAUAGCAGAGAAGAUUGUCCAAAACAUUCCUGACAACGAGUUGAUUGAGAGAACAGAAAUUGCUGGACCAGGAUUUAUUAAUGUUCAUCUCAAGAAGAUGUUUGUGUCAAAGCUUCUCACGAACUUGCUUCUAAAUGGAGUGCAGCCACCACCUUUAGAUGGGAAGAAAAAGGUCGUAGUGGACUUUUCCUCUCCAAACAUUGCAAAGGAGAUGCAUGUAGGUCACUUGCGAUCCACCAUCAUCGGUGACAGUGUAUGUCGCCUGUUUGAGUUCCUUGGCCAUGAAGUCUUAAGGUUGAACCAUGUGGGAGAUUGGGGGACACAGUUUGGAAUGCUGAUCGCUCACUUGCAAGACAAGUUUCCAAAUUACCUGAGCGUCUCCCCACCAAUCGGAGACCUCCAGGCUUUCUACAAGGAGUCAAAGAAGCGUUUCGAUGAUGAUGAGGAGUUUAAAAAGAGAGCCUAUCAGUGCGUGGUCAGGCUGCAGAGCAAAGAGCCAGACUUUAUCAAAGCCUGGAACCUCAUCUGUGAUGUGUCCAGGAAUGAGUUCCAAAAGGUGUACGACUGCCUGGGCAUCCGUAUCAUCGAGCGAGGGGAGUCCUACUACCAGGACAUGAUGACAGAGGUGGUGAAGGAGUUUGAGGAGAAAGGCCUGGUGGAGUUGGAUGAGGGCAGGAAGAUAGUGUUUGCUCCAGGUCAGUCCAUCCCCCUGACAGUGGUGAAGUCAGAUGGGGGCUAUACCUAUGACACGUCUGACCUGGCAGCCCUGCGGCAGCGUCUCUUCGACGAGAAGGCUGACAUCAUCAUCUAUGUGACUGACAGUGGCCAGGGUGUGCACUUCCAAGUGGUUUUCGCUGCAGCUCAGAUGAUCGGCUGGUAUGACCCCAAGGUCACACGUGUGGAACACGCAGGCUUUGGAGUGGUCCUAGGAGAGGACAAAAAGAAGUUUAAAACCCGCUCAGGGGACACGGUCAGGCUAAUGGACUUGCUCGAGGAGGGCUUGAAGAGAUCUAUGGACAAACUUAAAGAGAAGGAGAGAGAUAAGGUUUUGACCCCUGAAGAGCUCACGCGAGCGCAGCGUGCCGUCGCUUUCGGCUGCAUCAAGUAUGCUGACCUGUCUCACAACCGCAUCAACGACUACAUCUUCUCCUUUGACAAGAUGCUGGACGACAGGGGCAACACGGCAGCCUACCUCCUCUACGCCUUCACUCGCAUCAGGUCCAUAGCCAGGCUGGCUAACAUUGAAGAAGCAGCCUUGCGUAAAAGCAGCCGAGACGUGCGAAUCCUGCUGGAGCAUGAGAAGGAAUGGAGGCUGGGCAAGUGCAUUCUGCGCUUCCCUGAGAUCCUGCAGAAGAUAGUGGAUGACCUGCUGCUGCACACGCUGUGUGACUACCUCUAUGAGCUGGCCACCACCUUCACAGAGUUUUACGACAGCUGCUACUGCGUGGAGAAGGACCGGCAGACAGGGGAGGUGGUCAAAGUCAACAUGUGGAGGAUGCUCCUGUGCGAGGCUACGGCAGCCAUUAUGGCCAAAGGCUUUGACAUAUUGGGUCUCAACCCAGUCCAGAGGAUGUGACCUAGCUGUUGCCUUGACCACAAGCCCUUCUCGCCAACCAUUAAUGUCCUGUUGGAUUUGAUGGUAAACCGAAUAAAACCCAAAUGACUCCUUGUAAA